GAGUUAAUAAACAGUUAAGUUUGGAAGACUCGGCAGACACGUUGAGGGGGAGUUACCAAGCCCAGGCAGCGAAAACAUCCCGGCACAUUCCUGGGGAGUCCUCAGCUGCCAGCAUCUGAUUAGAACCAUAUCUUUCGCCGGGAGUGGCCGCGCUGCGAGGCUCCGGCCGCCGGCUAUUUAAGCGGGACCCACGGUGCCCCUGCGCUGUCGCCUGGAGACUCCGGGCGCGGGGACGUCAUGCUAGCUUCGCAGAGGCGCUAGCCAGCCGGUGUGUGCCAUAGGUUAUGUUCAUUUGAGACCUGUCCAUCGGGGAUCGCCUGGUGUCACUGAGCAUCUGCUGCUUGCCUUCUUGCCAUGUCUAACGAAGUAGAAACAAGUGCAACCAACGGUCAGCCUGACCAACAGGCUGCACCAAAAUUGCCGUCAAAGAAAGAAAAGAAGAAAGGUUCUGAAAAGACAGAUGAGUAUCUAUUGGCCAGGUUCAAAGGUGAUGGGGUAAAAUAUAAGGCCAAGCUAAUUGGUAUUGAUGAUGUUCCUGAUGCCAGAGGAGACAAGAUGAGCCAAGAUUCUAUGAUGAAACUAAAGGGAAUGGCAGCCGCUGGUCGUUCUCAGGGACAACACAAGCAAAGGAUCUGGGUCAACAUUUCCCUGUCUGGCAUAAAAAUAAUCGAUGAGAAAACUGGGGUAAUAGAGCAUGAACAUCCAGUAAAUAAGAUUUCUUUCAUUGCUCGUGAUGUGACAGACAACCGAGCAUUUGGUUAUGUGUGUGGAGGAGAAGGCCAGCAUCAAUUUUUCGCCAUAAAAACAGGACAACAGGCUGAGCCAUUAGUUGUUGACCUUAAAGACCUUUUCCAAGUUAUCUACAAUGUAAAGAAAAAGGAAGAAGAAAAGAAAAAGGCUGAAGAAGCUAACAAAGCUGUUGAGAAUGGGAAUGAGACCCUCUUGACCCUUGAUGAUCAAGCUAACAAACUGAAGUUGGGUAUUGACCAGAUGGAUUUGUUUGGGGACAUGUCUACACCUCCUGACCUUAAUAGCCCAACAGAAAGCAAAGAUAUCCUGUUAGUGGAUCUAAACUCUGAAAUCGACACCAAUCAGAACUCUUUAAGAGAAAACACAUUCUUAACAAAUGGCCUCACCUCCUGUUCUCUCCCUCGACCAAAGCCUCAGGCAUCCUUCUUGCCUGAAAAUGCCUUUUCUGCCAAUCUCAACUUCUUUCCCACCCCUAAUCCUGAUCCUUUCCGUGAUGAUCCUUUUGCACAGCCAGACCAAUCGACACCCUCUUCGUUUGAUUCUCUCAAAUCUCCAGAUCAGAAGAAAGAGAAUUUGAGUAGCUUGUCUACUCCACUGAGUAAUGGGCCCCUGAAUGGUGAUGCUGAUUACUUUGGUCAGCAAUUUGACCAGAUCUCUAACCGGACGGGCAAACAGGAAGCUCAGGCAGGCCCGUGGCCCUAUCCGAGUUCGCAAACCCAGCAAGCAGUGAGAACUCAAAAUGGGGUAUCUGAAAGAGAACAGAACGGCUUCCAUAUCAAAUCUUCCCCGAACCCUUUUGUGGGAAACUCUCCCAAAGGACUAUUGGUACCGAAUGGCGUCAAGCAGGACUUGGAAAGCUCUGUCCAGUCCUCAGCACAUGACUCCAUAGCCAUUAUCCCACCUCCUCAAAAUACCAAACAAGGAAGAAGAAGGACUGCUAAGCCUUCAACAAGUGAUUUGCUUGCAUCCGACAACUUUGGUCCUCCUGUCUCAGACCCUCCAAGCCAGACAUCACCCACAGGACAACCUGCAGCCCUACAAACCAACCCUCUGGAUCUCUUCAAAACAGGUGCUCCUUCCCCAGUGGGGCCCCUUGCAGGUCUAGGUGGUAUUCCAGUCACAGUCACACCUCCUCAGGCAGGACCUUGGACAUCUGUUGUCUUCAGUCCACCUACUUCCAUAGUCCCCGGAGCCAUGAUAGGUGGUCAACCUUCAGGUUUUGGCCAACCAAUCGUUUUUGGUACAAGCCCAUCUGUUCAAGGUUGGAAUCAGCCUUCAUCCUUUGCAGCUUCAACUCCCCCUCCAGCCCCGGUGGUUUGGGGUUCUGCUGCACCCGUGGCACCUAAUGCUUGGUCAACCACAAGCCCUUUGGGGAAUCCGUUUCAAAGCAAUAUUUUUCCACCUCCUGCCAUGUCUACUCAGUCCUCUCCUAUGCUAUCCUCUGUUCUGACGACUCCUCCUCAGCCACCUCCCAGAAAUAGCCCUCCAAAGGAAAUCCCCAGUGAUGCCUUCACUGCCUUAGACCCACUUGGGGAUAAAGAAGUCAAGGAAGUGAAAGAAAUGUUUAAGGACUUUCAACUUAAGCAGCCUCCCAUUGUGCCCUCAAGGAAGGGAGAGCCACCUCCUGUUGGGACUUCAAGCGCCUUUUCCAGUUAUUUCAACAGUAAGGUUGGCAUUCCUCAGGAGCAUGUGGACCAUGAUGAUUUUGAUGCCAAUCAACUGUUGAACAAGAUCAAUGAACCACCAAAGCCAGCUCCCAGACAAGGUGCCUUGUCAGUUUCCAAGUCUACCGACAAUGUACUCGAGAACCCAUUCUCUAAAGGAUGCUUCAGUUCAUCACAGCCCUCUGUGAUUUCUCCUCAGCCUGCAUCUUCUGAUGUAUAUAGGAGUCCUUUUGGAAAUCCUUUCGCCUAACCUUUUGAACUUGCAAUGCUGACGAUCCAUAGGAACAAAAAGACUGACCUUAGUCUUUAAGGACAAACUAAUAGCCAGAGACGUGAUGACUUCUGUCCUUGUUCCAGCUUUGACAUAUUAUCUCUUGCCUUAUUUCUUGUUGCCUCUUCCACUUGUAAAAUGCCUUUCAUUUUCUCUCUAGGCUAAACCUAAUCUGAAUCUAUGGCUUCACAUAAAUUAAGAUCCUAAGCUCUCUAGCAAAAAUGUAAAUGAAGUAGCAAUCCUACUGAAUCCUUGCCUAUUGUAUCCCUAGAACCUUCCAGAAUAUUCUCCUUUCUACCCUCCAGUUGGGAGGUACAGGUAUCUUAACCCCUCAUAUCAUACUGCUUUGAGUAGAUGUCCGAAUCCUUACAGCUCAAAAUCAUUUGGGAUUCCUGGUGUAUAGCAUGAAACCUAAAGACUGUUAUUAAUACAGCAGGGCACCUUUUGUAAAGAUACCUUGCUUCAGACCAUCACUUGGAAAGAAUUUUUGAAAUAAAUUUGAAGCAACGCUAACUUCUUCUUAGACAGUUUGGAACCUAAUCCACCUGAAGACCUUUUGAAGAUGAUAGGUUCUCCACUAAUUGGAUCAUUUACCAAUCUUACCUCAGAGAUGCUUACAGUUAGCUUGAAAAGGAGAAAAUUCUAACUCAAAAAUGGGGUAUUAUGCAAAGAUACUAAAUCAAUAAAUGUAUCUUGGAGGGCACAAAGAAAUUGUUUUCAUUCCUACGUUUAGCAGAUAUUAGACCCUUGUGACCUUGUGGCCUGAAUUUUCUUAUAUGCUCCUAAUGUCAUUUCAUGUAAUUUUUUAUCAAUAAAGAUGAUUUUAUGUGCAUAACUACAAUAAAAAUACAUAGGUAUUUCCCCCUCUGUUGCUCAAGACCAAGACUGCCCCUUCUCAUCUCCUGCUGGCUACCACAGAGGAGGGAAAGUGUUCUUCUCUCCUUGCCUUUCCUCCAUUCUCUGUUCAGUCCAUUUUGCUCCUGGGUCCCUAUAACAAGGAAUAGAUAUUCAUGGGACAAAAAGCACUGAAUGACUCACUGAUCUGGAGACCCUCUUCCUUCUCAGUAAUUGCUAGUCCAGUAACUAGACUUGGGAAGUGGGCACAACCUUCAUCCUCACUACGGACAGGAGGGCUAUCCUCCUGAGCUGAAGGUCCAGAAGAGCUAUGAACUUGGAAGAGGACUUGGACUCAGUUCAACAAUGAAGAAGGACCAUAUUCUGAAAGCUCUAUGUGACUGUGCCAAAUAUCCUGGGUCUUUACUAGGCCUUUAUUAAGUAACUGGAAACUUUCUUGAAGCCACAAUCAGUUAUCAGAAAAUAAAUAGGAGGAGAAAAAGAUGAUAGACAAGUAUUUGGGAUUAUCAUUAAAAAUCUAAUGUCUACAAUAUUUUCCUCAUAACCUUGGAAGCUUUCCAAGCUCAUUUUCAGACCUGUUAUGUGCAUAGGUCUGAAGCAUUUGUUCUUGCCAAAAUGAGUUUGUUUAGUUUAUGUUGGGUUUUUUAAUGUUAUCCCUUGACCCUUGAUGCUCAGGUUCUUGCGGGUGUUAAUCAACCACAUAUAAUCUUACCUUUAAGUGGAAGAAGAGGAUGAUUGCUCAGGAUUUAAACAAGAAGGUGGCCUUGUGAGCCUCUAUUGAUUAGCCCCAAGUAGUCCAAGCUGAAGUCCUGUGGGUUUGUGUUUAAUGCUAAUCGUUGAUUAUCUAUGGCGUAUUUUUUGUCUGUCUGUCUUCCAACUCAGUCAUUAUAAACACAGACUUGAAAUAGUACUUUAAAAGUCCAAAUACCUAAAAAUGUGCUAAACUGGAGGCAACUCUUUCUAGAUAGCUGAAUUUUUUAAAGUGAUCAGCCACACAACUCUUUUUGUAUGUACUUGUUUUCUUGUGCACUUUUCUGUAUGCAAACAGUUAUAAAUUUACUCGUUUCAAUAAACUGGAAUGGCAAAAAUCUCA